AUGGUCAGAUUGGACUCUGAAAAGCAUGUCGACUUUGCCCCAACUUCUCCAUUUGGUGGUGCUAGACCAGGUAGAGUUGCUAGAAGAAACGCCGCCAGAAAGGCCGAAUCUUCCGGUGAAGCUGCUGAAGAAGCUGACGAAGAAUAA